AUACUUUUGACCACUAAAACCAGAUUGCUGGAAACAGGAAAGAAAUCAGUAAUUAAUAUUACUGAUUAAUUAGUUCCCUGAUCAAUAAAUAUUUUGUACCAGUAAUUAGAUGAUUUGUGCAUAGUUUUUAACCCAGUACUAAGCCUUAUAUAAAUAGCUCAUGAUCAUUUGCUUUGGAACAUUGAUUUUGCAGAGCUCAAAAGGCAAACAUAUAGUUUUUGAUUUUUAAAGAUUGCUUCUUUCUAGCAAAUGGGUGAUCAAGAAGUGAAGUUGCUUGGCGUAUGGGCAAGCGUUUUCAGUAAAAGAGUGGAAAUUGCACUAAAAAUGAAGGGAAUCAGUUAUGAAAUGGUGGCGCAAGAUUUGUCCAACAAGAGCCCUGAGCUUCUCAGGUACAACCCUGUUCAUAAGAAAGUACCUGUGUUAUUACACAAUGGCAAGGCGAUUUGUGAGUCUCUUAUAAUUCUUGAGUACAUCGAUGAGACAUGGAAGUCUGGACCUUCUAUAUUGCCUGAAGAUCCUUUUGCCAGAUCCACAGCUCGUUUUUGGGCAAAAUUCAUGGAUGAUAAGAUCCAUCCUGCUAUAUGGAAGAUCUGGGGGAGCCGAGGGGAGGAACGAGAAAAGACCAUUGAAGAAGCUACAGAACAUUUGAAAACAAUUGAAAAUGAGCUCAAAGGCAAAAAGUUCUUUGGUGGAGAUGAGAUUGGACUAGUUGACAUCGCUGGUAAUUUUGUUGCACUCUGGCUUGAUGUCAUACUAGAUUUGGUGGGAAUAAAAUUGCUUACGAAAGAGAAGUUCCCAAGAUUAAGUGAGUGGACUGAUGAUUUCCUUAGUAACCGCGUUAUCAAGGAAACUUUGCCUCCCAGGGAAGACUUAUUAGCCAUUUUCCGCUCUUUGUUUGGACAAUCUAAUUAACUUGAGCUGCUAGGAAUGUCAUUCGGUAGCUUUUUAAUGUGCCUUCACGGGGUGAUGAAGUUAUAGCUUUUCUGUUUUGCUUAUGAAUAAGAUUGUCUGUAUCAAGUUUCGACAUGAAUAAAGAACCUGUUAAGUCCAAA